GGAGGCGAGGAGGCCGCGGGGACGGGAGGCGAGGCCGGCCGGGCCCCCGCAGCCAUGGAGAACGCGCACACAAAGACGGUGGAGGAGGUGCUGGGCCACUUCGGGGUCAACGAGAGCACGGGGCUGAGCCUGGAGCAAGUCAAGAAGCUCAAGGAGAGAUGGGGCUCCAACGAGUUACCAGCUGAAGAAGGAAAAACUUUGCUGGAACUUGUGAUUGAGCAGUUUGAAGACUUACUAGUUAGAAUUUUAUUGCUGGCAGCAUGUAUAUCUUUUGUUUUGGCUUGGUUUGAAGAAGGUGAAGAAACAAUUACAGCCUUUGUAGAACCCUUUGUAAUUUUACUUAUAUUAGUAGCCAAUGCAAUUGUGGGUGUAUGGCAGGAAAGAAAUGCUGAAAAUGCAAUCGAAGCCCUUAAGGAGUAUGAGCCUGAAAUGGGCAAAGUAUAUCGACAGGACAGAAAGAGCGUACAACGGAUUAAAGCUAAAGACAUCGUUCCUGGUGAUAUUGUGGAAAUUGCUGUUGGGUCACAGAAGCCUGCGGAUAUAAGGUUAGCUUCCAUCAAAUCUACUACUCUGAGAGUCGACCAGUCAAUUCUCACAGGUGAAUCUGUCUCUGUCAUCAAGCACACUGACCCUGUGCCUGACCCACGGGCUGUCAACCAAGACAAGAAGAACAUGCUCUUUUCUGGUACAAACAUUGCUGCUGGCAAAGCCAUGGGAGUGGUGGUGGCAACUGGAGUUAACACUGAAAUUGGCAAGAUCCGGGAUGAAAUGGUGGCGACGGAACAGGAGAGAACCCCACUCCAGCAGAAACUGGAUGAGUUUGGGGAACAGCUUUCCAAAGUCAUCUCCCUUAUCUGCAUUGCAGUCUGGAUCAUAAACAUUGGGCACUUCAAUGACCCAGUUCAUGGAGGCUCCUGGAUCAGAGGUGCUAUUUACUACUUUAAAAUUGCAGUGGCCCUGGCUGUAGCAGCCAUUCCCGAAGGUCUGCCUGCUGUCAUCACCACCUGCCUGGCUCUUGGAACUCGCAGAAUGGCAAAGAAAAAUGCCAUUGUCCGAAGCCUCCCUUCUGUGGAAACCCUUGGUUGUACUUCUGUUAUCUGCUCAGACAAGACUGGUACACUUACAACAAACCAGAUGUCAGUCUGCAGGAUGUUCAUUUUGGACAAAGUUGAAGGUGACACUUGUUCCCUUAAUGAAUUUACUAUAACUGGAUCAACGUAUGCACCUGUUGGAGAAGUGCAUAAAGAUGAUAAACCAGUGAAAUGUCAUCAGUACGAUGGUCUUGUAGAAUUGGCAACGAUUUGUGCUCUUUGUAAUGACUCUGCUUUGGAUUACAAUGAGGCAAAGGGUGUGUAUGAAAAAGUUGGAGAAGCUACAGAGACUGCUCUCACUUGCCUGGUAGAGAAGAUGAAUGUAUUUGAUACCGAAUUGAAGGGUCUUUCUAAAAUAGAACGAGCAAAUGCCUGCAACUCGGUCAUUAAACAGUUGAUGAAAAAAGAAUUUACUCUAGAGUUUUCACGUGAUCGAAAAUCAAUGUCAGUUUAUUGUACACCGAACAAGCCAAGUCGGACAUCAAUGAGCAAAAUGUUUGUAAAGGGUGCUCCUGAAGGUGUUAUUGACAGGUGUACCCACAUUCGAGUUGGAAGUACGAAAGUCCCUAUGACUCCCGGAGUCAAACAGAAGAUCAUGUCUGUCAUUCGGGAAUGGGGUAGCGGCAGUGACACACUGCGAUGCCUGGCUCUGGCCACUCAUGACAGCCCACUGAGAAGAGAAGAAAUGAACCUCGAGGACUCUGCCAACUUCAUUAAAUACGAGACCAAUCUGACUUUCGUUGGCUGCGUGGGCAUGCUGGACCCUCCAAGAAUUGAAGUGGCCUCUUCUGUGAAGCUGUGCCGGCAAGCAGGCAUCCGGGUCAUCAUGAUCACAGGGGACAACAAGGGCACCGCUGUGGCCAUCUGUCGCCGCAUUGGCAUUUUUGGGCAGGAUGAGGAUGUGAUGUCAAAGGCUUUUACAGGUCGAGAGUUUGACGAGCUUGGCCCUUCAGCCCAGAGAGAUGCCUGCUUGAAUGCCCGCUGUUUCGCUCGAGUUGAACCUUCCCACAAAUCUAAAAUUGUAGAAUUUCUUCAGUCCUUUGAUGAGAUUACAGCUAUGACUGGGGAUGGUGUGAACGAUGCUCCUGCUCUGAAGAAAGCUGAGAUCGGCAUUGCCAUGGGCUCUGGCACCGCAGUGGCUAAAACUGCCUCUGAGAUGGUCCUGGCUGACGACAACUUCUCUACCAUAGUGGCUGCCGUGGAAGAGGGGCGGGCCAUCUACAACAACAUGAAGCAGUUCAUUCGCUACCUCAUCUCGUCGAAUGUGGGGGAAGUUGUCUGUAUUUUCCUGACAGCAGCCCUUGGAUUUCCUGAGGCUUUGAUUCCUGUCCAGCUGCUCUGGGUCAAUCUGGUGACAGAUGGCCUGCCUGCCACUGCACUGGGCUUCAACCCUCCGGAUCUGGACAUCAUGAAUAAACCGCCGCGGAACCCAAAGGAGCCACUCAUCAGCGGGUGGCUCUUCUUCCGCUACCUGGCUAUUGGCUGUUACGUUGGCGCUGCUACCGUGGGUGCUGCUGCGUGGUGGUUCAUUGCUGCUGACGGCGGUCCAAGAGUGUCUUUCUACCAGCUGAGCCAUUUCCUACAGUGUAAAGAGGACAACCCGGACUUUGAAGGAGUGGAUUGUGCGAUCUUUGAAUCCCCGUACCCAAUGACAAUGGCGCUCUCUGUUCUAGUAACCAUAGAGAUGUGCAAUGCCCUCAACAGCUUGUCUGAAAACCAGUCCCUGCUGAGGAUGCCCCCUUGGGAGAAUAUCUGGCUCGUGGGCUCCAUCUGCCUGUCCAUGUCGCUCCACUUCCUCAUCCUCUACGUCGAACCCUUGCCACUUAUCUUCCAGAUAACUCCGCUGAAUUUGACCCAGUGGCUGAUGGUGCUGAAAAUCUCCUUGCCUGUGAUUCUAAUGGACGAGACGCUCAAGUUUGUGGCCCGCAACUACCUGGAACCUGGUAAAGAGUGUGUGCAGCCCGCCACCAAAGCCUGCUCGUUCUCGGCAUGCACCGAUGGGGUUUCCUGGCCGUUCGUGCUGCUCAUAAUGCCCCUGGUGAUCUGGGUAUAUAGCACAGACACUAACUUUAGUGAUAUGUUCUGGUCUUGACUGACAGUUUUACAUAAAGAAGAUGUUUAACUUAAUCAAUUAAUUUUUUAUUGUUUAAAGCAACUGUCUAUUUCUGCUGAAUUUCACAUGAGCAUAUUCGCUGGUGAUGGAGAUUUCAUACUCUAGGUUUUGUUUUGCUUUUUCUGACUCCAGUGGGGCAAGAUUUUCCUUUUUUAUACACAUAAUUAAAGUGUCCAUUGACAUGUACAGAGAACUAACACUAUUUUAUGCAAAUAUUUUUUUGUAGAUGAAAAAGCAUGUACAGUGUUCUGUUUAAUACUCAUCCUUGUAUAAAAAAAAAAGUUGAGCCAGCAGACAUUGUCAGCAAAUUAAUUGGCAGCAGAUUUUAGGAAAUGAAUGUGUGUGGUUUUUUUCUCAAACAAAAUAGCAUGGAUUUUGUCUUUUGCAUGAUCAUCUGGAUUUAAUCUGAGAUCACAGUCUAAUUUUUAUUCAUAAGCCAAUUUUUCUGCACUGGGCAGAGUACUGCUACCUCAGUCAGUAUUUUUUGGUUUGCCACUCCCUCACCCACUCCGUUCACCUCCACCCCACCCCCACCCCCCACUCCCGGCCCCGCUCAGCUGCUUCUCCUGUAGGAUUUCGAUGGUUCUGUUUACAUCAGUCUUAAGAGGUAUGCCUGUUCUCGCUUGUGCAGAAAACAUUGUUCCAGAUUCAAUUGACUGGGUUCAUGUCCCCUCACGCAGUUUUUAAGGUUAUUUAUUUAAAUGUGUAGUGUAUUUUACUGUAACAGACAUUGUUUUGCCAACACUGCCUAUUUCAGUGGCACUUCACAAUCUAGUUCUAAAAAAUAAAAUUUUUAAAUGGACAGAAAAUAACUGUCUUGUUUUUAACUCAAGUGGCUUAGCUUGACCUAUGAUAGAUGUAUUCAGCUCUCUCUUAAGUUUUUAGCUCAGAUGUUUGGUUUGACUGUGCUUGAGGGGAAGAAGGAUCCUGUUCUGCUGCAUAGAUAGUUGUAGGAAUUUUAUUUGUUAAUGCAUAGGCACUAAUGGUCAUCUGUGACACAUUUUAUGCAAGUUUCUGCUGGCCUGUUUUAGCCUGGUGUAAAGAACAUAAGGGCAAGUGUGUGUGUGUGUGUGUGUGUGUGUAUGUAUGUGUGUGUAUGUGUUUUGUAAAAUCUGUAAAUAGCACAUGACCAAAUGAACAUAUUGUAUAGAACUAUUUUUAUUUGAAUGUGGCACUAACCACCACCACCUUUAGUGUGAUAAAUGUUUGCGCAUGUUCCAGAUCAGUCUUACCAACAGUGUAUAAGGCAUUAACAGUCCUAACUGCGGUGUUUUCCUCCAUUGCCUUCCAACAUCCAUCAACUAACGUGAGUAUUCUCUGGAUUCAGAUGCUUUAGCCUAAAGGCGAAUGCCGCCAAGUGAGCUAGCUGUAUGACUAGUGAAUAAGGUCCUCGCGUCAGACACUGCUGUGCUCCGUGGCUGUCCCCGAGAGCAGUGGGCAUACAGUGUGUGCCGGCUGCACACACAUGGUCAGGCUAGCUGCCUAGGACCCUGGCAUCGCCAGAUGUCGGGGAGGGCCUGAGGGAAGAGACAUUUGUUGAGUUGGUCAGAUUGACAGGCUGAGGGAGCUGUCCUUUGCUAGCACUAAGAUGAGUCAUAAAAUCGUGUUUCUUUUGAUCUUUGCUAGUUGCAAGGAUUUGUCCCAGAACCUUGGUUCAUUAAAAAGCUAGUGAAAGCAAGUAACUGAACUAAUGAACUUAUGCAUCUGUAGGUCCUCUUAAAUAAGCCACUCUUUUCACCAUCUGAGUCACAUCCUUUGUAGCUGAGACUUGGUCUUCUCUCUCCAGGGUAUGUUAAAGCAGUUACUAGGGCAUGGCUCUGCCCAGCCGGGAAACUAGCAGCUCUGUCGCAAAGGCGGCCUGGGCAGCAGCUUGUAUUCAGUGGGCUCACACCUCCCUCCUUGUGAGGGCCUGAGUGUUGCUGUGAAGGUCCCUGGGCCCUGGUUACUGGGCCAGCCAGAAGACGCAGUGUGAAUGCUGAGAGUCUGGGGGAAAGUUAACAAGUGUCAAGCAGGUCAAGGUGCUGCUGUGGUCUGAGGUCUGAGUAUGAGGAGAUAGAAGUGGAACAUGAAGACUGACUAAAUGGAGGGUCCUGCCUGGCUCACCGCGGCCUGUCGCAGAGGAAGGGGAGGUUGGUUUGAAUGUUUAGCAUCAUAAAGUAUAAAAAGAAAUGGGCCAAGUGGACGAAAUGCAAGGAGUGCAUCUUGGCCGUACACCAAAACGGUGUCUGAGCUUGUCGGGUGGUGAGCUAGUCAAUGGAAACCAAACUAACCGAAUAGUCAGCUCUUUCCGACGCAGUUCCUGGAUUUAGCGGCCUUUACAUAAUAAGUUGAAUGGUGUGGGCCGCUCUAGGAGAUGUGCACAGCCUCAGAUGGCCCUGGGCUGGCCGUUGCCUUGUGGUUUCUUAGCUUCAGUCCCGUCCAGCCCACGGAGGCAGUUUGGGCACCACUUCCCUCAGCCCAGACGGCUGGGAGUGGGGAGGACACUCUGCUGCCUCAAGCAGGUCCCCUUGUCUGCUCUGCUUCAGGCUUCACCUCUGAAAAACAUGUCGGCAUCAGUGCCCCCUCAGCGGUGGUUUCGCUGUGGGCGCAUCCCUGGGCUCAGGCCUCCCUCCUGCAGGGAGUCGCAGCUGCCCAGCCCCACCCCCGCCCGGCACCUGCAGGAAGGCACUGUGGGUCUGUUCUGCCACCAUCAGCAACUUGAUGGGGCAGUGCCUUCCUCAGCUCCUGCCUGAAACACUUUCCCCCUGGGUCUGUGGCCCAUCCCAUAAGUCGUCUUCUUGCCACCCCGUGCUCACCCAGCCUCUUUGAUGCAGCUUUGCCCAGAAGAUGGCAAUCUCACACGUCCCCUCCCAGGGACACCUCCGGCAGCUCGUUCUGCACCUGUACCUUGCUAGUAAUAAGGCACUGUUAGAGCUGCGUGAGGCCACAGCCAAGCAGGGCAUUUGCCAGCCUCCUUCACAAGCAGCUGCUACCACCUCACCCUCCAGCUGGGGCCUUGGACCCCCGAAGGUCUGUGUGGUAGGCAGCCCUCAGCAGUAUGAGGCCAUGAGCUGCUCAGUGUCUGCCAAGCACCCGCCCACGGCCCAGAGCCACAGCCUGCUGCAUCCUCAAAGCCAAGUCCACCAUUGCCUUUUUAAUUUAACCACCAAAUUCUGUCAAAGCCACCACCCUGCAGUGAACAAUGAGGGCCACCUACAGCCUUCUUUCUUGAAGGGGAGCAGUGAUAAGCAGUGCGUACAGCAGUUCCCCGCCGGGACUGGGCAGAGCGAGGCCUGCAGCCCGGAGGCUGCCCCUGGGGAGGGGCGGGGGCAGGGCGCCAGAGGCUUGGCGCUGCCACACCGCUCACUUCUGCUUCCGCUCCCUUCCCUCUGCACUGCUAACCGAAGAACUGUCCUUCCCUCCUGUCUCUCUCCUGUUACACCCAAAGCAAUUAAGUGUCUGCCUGAUGGGAUUCUCCUGUGAGCUUGGGGGGUGGGGGGACUUUGCUCUGUAGCCAGAUGACGUGAGAGGUCUGUGCAGCCAAGCUAGUGCUUCUAGAUGCUACCCUGUGUGGGCAGUGCCUCAGGGACAGUUCAUCAGAAAUGCUGGUCUUGAAAUCUUAAAAGAUCAAACUGAAUAGCCCCUUUUAUCUGUCACUGUUAACUUUAGUUACUCUAACAUUUCCUCCCCAUAUUUCGUAAAGCUGAUUUCUUUCCUCUUUCUUUCCUUUUCAGCAAUACUGGAGUAACCGCUUCCUAAACCAUUUUGCAGAAAUGUAAGGGUGUUCGGUUGCGUGCAUGUGCGUUUUUAGCAACACAUCUACCAGCCCUCUGCAUGAUUGAUGUUGGGGGGAAAGAUAAGUAGAAAAAAGUCCCCAACUCAUUGUGUGUUAUGUGGAGGAAACGUGUAUUACCAAUGGGGUUUUUAGCUUUUAAAUCAAAAUAAUUACAAGUGUACAAUUUAGCUUAAUGAAUCAGAAAGCCUCUCCAGAGAAUUUUGGUUUCUUUGCUGCAAGAAGAAUGAGUUUCUGAAAUCUCAUCCAAGAACUUAGAAGCCAUCAGCCAAGUCUCCAUAUUUCUCUGUGCAAAAUGUCAUAGCUUAUAUAAAUGUACAAAUUCAAUAUUCAGUUGUAAUGCAUGCCUUCAGUUGUAAGUAGCCAGAUUUCUCUAUGGUGUCAUUGAAACAUGCUACUUUUUAAUUGGCCCUGUACAGUUCUGCUUAUUUAUAAAUAUUGAAAACACUACAGGUGUUGAAUGGUUAAAAUGUAGGCCUCCAGUUCAUGACCAGUUAUUUUUUGAGUGUGCAAACAGCUAUUUUGCACUGUAUUAAAUGUAACUUAUUUAAUGAAACCAGAAGCAGUAGACAGAUGUUGGUGCAAUACAAAUAUUGUGAUGCAUUUAUCUUAAUAAAAUGCUAAAUGUCAGUUUAUCACAACGCAUGUUUGACUUUAGACUGUAAAUAGAGCAGUUGUUUAUUUCUGUGCUGAUGGCAACAAGCGUUGCACAGACAUGGUUUCAGGAAAAUAAAUCUAUUCUACGAUAA